CUGAAUGGAUAAUUUCAUAAAAAAAAGUUAAUUAACUAUAAUAUCAUGCAGUUUAUUAAAGUUGUUGGAAUUCUAAGUUUAGUUGCUGUAUGUGCCAGCGCUUUUAUAAACGGAACAAGUUUAAAUAAUUUUACGAAUGGAACUUCCAAAGAUGUGUUAAUAUCUCAACGAUCUUCAAUUCGACGUGGAUACAUUUUGAAUGAAGAUUUAGGCAGUUACUACAAAUAUCAAACUACACCAAAUACAUGGCCAAACGCUCGUGGAAUUUGUGAGUCAGAAGGAGGUCAUUUAGUAAUAAUUAAUUCAGAGAAAGAAGCAUCUUUCUUACUCUCAUUAAUGGGUCAGCACCCAGCAUCAUCUUUGGAUCGAAGAGUUACUACUACCGACUAUAUUUUUAUCGGAUUUCAUGAUUUAUUCAAAGAUUGGGAAUUUGUAACAGUUCUUGAUCAAACCAUAGAAGCAGCUGGAUACUUUGACUGGGUUCCUGGGGGGGCGAAUAAUGCUGGAGGUAAUGAAAAAUGUGGAUCACUUUGGCGCAACGGUGGUUUAAAUGAUAUAACAUGUAAUUUUCUAUUAACUUUUGUAUGCGAAAUUCCAGUAAACGCUUGUGAUUAUGAUUAAAGUGAUGCGCAUUACAAACAAAUGAAAGAAAUUGUAAUUUUGAAAUAUAACUUUUUUAAUGAACG